AACGACACUGAGGAAAGAAAACUGAGAGUAACCCUUUUGAGUGUUGGAUGGAAAGCUUCAAGCAAUGGAGACUUGACAACCAUCAACAGAGAGCUAGCAAUACAGAUGGCUAAACAUCCUAAUGUGGAAGUCAGUGUCUUCUUACCUUGGUGUAGUGAAGAGGACAAGAAAGAUGCUGAUGGUUACAAUGUUAAACUCAUUGAAGCAGUGAAACUGCCUGGUUUAAAACCAGUUCUUUGGUUAGCCUCUGUACCUGAUGGCCAUGCUAUGGAUUGUGUUCUAGGGCAUGGAGUAGAUCUUGGUCAGCAAAUUCCACUCAUAAAGAGAAAUCCAAAUUACAGUAAUUGCAGAUGGAUUCAAGUUGUCCAUACUGUCCCUGAAGAAAUUGGCAUGUACAAAAGCAUUUCUGAAGGUCAACAAAUGCAGCAAACAGAAAUAGAACUAUGUAAAAUGGCUGAUCAAGUUGUGACAAUUGGCCCCAAGCUAACUGAUGCAUAUAAGCGCCAACUCAGAAAACCAGAUGUUUUUAACCUGACACCAAGCAUUCUCUCUGAAUUUUCAGAUGUCCAGCAAGCAAGUGAUGAAGAAAGAACAUUUUGUGUCUUGGUUACUGAGAGUGGUGAUAGUGAAGAUUUUUAUGUUAAAGGGUACGAUACUGCAGCAAAAGCUAUUGCUGAGCUAAAGGAUAAAUCUUACCAACUCAAGUUUGCUUCCAAACAGAGAGGAAAAGAAGAUGAAUUAGCAAACAAGUUACUUCAGUGUGGUAUUGGUCGUAAUCAGCUAAUUAUCUGCAGCUUUGAUGAAAACAAGGAAACAUUAGCCAACUUAUUCUCUACAGUGGAUAUUGCUAUAUUACCCUCAAAAGCUGAGGGAUUCGGGUUAAGCGCUCUUGAAGCCAUAUCCGCUGGUCUUCCAGUACUUGUCAGUGGUAACUCAGGAAUUGCAGAAGCCUUAAGGAAGGUGCCUAAUGGGUCACAGUGUAUAGUGGAUUCAGAGGAUCCUGCUGAAUGGGCCAGAGCAAUCAAGGCUGUGCGUUACAAAGAAAGGAAUGUACGACUUGCAGAGGCUAGGAUUCUUCGUGAAAACUAUUUGCAGCAGUUCAGCUGGGAGAAGCCCUGUAAUUCCCUUGUUGAAAAGAUGUACAAUCAAAAAUUAAACAUCAAAGUUGGUGUGGAACAUAUCAAACUUGCAGAUCAUGGUGCUUAUAGUACAGCUUCAGUUUCAGCUCUAGAGCCAGCAGGAUAUCAGAAGGCAUCCACAGCUUCAGGCACAAAGAGCAAAAGACAAUCUGAUACAGAUUUAGAAGAUCUAGAAGUACUCCAAAAGAAAGCCCUUGCCUUAAUUGCUAUAAAUUACCUUAAUACUACACCACCUCAGAACAAGGAUGAACGCAAUGACUUUGAGGAAUACUUAGAUAAAAUGAAGGGAAUUACGGCCCUCAUAUUAGAUGUUUCUGUCAACAGUUUGGUAAUAACAGUAAAGUGCGAAUCUCUCAAGAGCUUGGAGGAAUUAUGGGAAGAUUACUCAUGCGGCCUUUUGGAUAAGAUGGUUCGAGAUUGUUUUGUGACUGAAAAGAUCUUGAAGGAACUGAACCUGGCAGAACUGAAGCUGAAAACAACAAUGGACAUAGAAGAGUACAAUGCAUGCAAAUUGUACUUUCUUGAGAAGGAUGCACUCAGAGGUACUUCGCCGCUCACAGUAAAACCCACCACUGGUCAUGUAAAAGAACUGAUAGAGAAAGGGCAGGGAAGGAAAGGCAUGUUUCCUCUCCCUGGAUCUUCUACCUUUGAUCCUGAAGAAGAACUAGAAGAGCUACGUAUGAAACUUCAAAGAAUGGAAGGUUCUUCAUCUCCCACUCUUCUCUCCACCACUGAUCUUGAAGAAAAGCUAGAGAGAGUAUGUGUGCACCUUGAGAUGCUAAGAAUGGAAGGUGGUUUUCCUGUCCUUCAAUUUUCAACCAUUGAUCUUGAGGAAAAACUAGAAGAACUCUGCAUGGAGAUUCAGAGGCUCAGAAUGAAAGGUACUUUGCAUCCCCUUGAACUCUUUACUGCUGACCUUGAAGAUGAAAUAAAAGGACUACGUAACGAACUUUUCAGACUCAGAAUGAAAGGUAGCUCACAUCCCCUUGUUUCCACCAUUGAAUUAGAACUCGGCAAACUACUCAAGGAACUUCAGAAAUGGAGGAAGGAAGGUAGUUUUCCUGUCCUUGAAUUUUCAACCAUUGAUCUUGAGGAAAAACUAACUGAACUACGCAUGAAGCUUCAGAGGUCCAGAAUGGAAGGUAGUUUUUCUUUCCUUCAAUUUUCAACCAUUGAUCUUGAGAAAAAACUAGCUGAACUACGUAUGAAGCUUCAGAGGCUCAGAAUGGAAGGUACUUUGCCUCCCCCUGAACUCUUUACUGCUGAUCUUGAAGAUGAACUAGAACAACUUGAACAAAGAAAGGAAGUCUCAGGUAGUUUACCUCCCCCUGUUUCCAUCAUUGAAACAGCAACUAGACUACGCCAGGAACUUGAGAAAGUCAAGAUGGAAGCAUUAGAGAACGCCAUGUAUCCGACCAUUAGAUCAGGACUGGCGAAGUUUGAUGUCAGUUUACCCGAGGAACUCCAGAACUAUGUCAGCUACUUAUUAAAUGAGUCAGCCAAACUUCACUUCCGCAAGCAAGUACUCCAAUCACCUCGUGCCUUGGAGGAAUUACGUGUAGCAAUGGAUAAAGACGAAUUGAAAGCAUUCCUUACUAUUCACAUCAGAGAAGGUGCAUGGCAAGUGGUGCUGCUGUUUACGGAUGAGCUCUCUAUAUCUAAACAACCAUGGUACUGCUUUCGUGUAAUUUAUAACGAGGACGAGGACGAGGACGAGGACGAGGAGGUGUCUAAUGAAGUGAUAUACAGUUCAAUUUCAGGCAUAUUGUAUGGGUGGCCAACAGAGUACGACCCUGAUUUGAUAACACUGUGUAAAGCGAUCACCAACAGGGAUUGGAAAGUAACCAGAUUAAUUCUCUCAAGGAGUCGGAUAUCUGAUGAAGGUUUGAAGAACUUGAGUACAGCGCUUCCUCAGAGUGAACUUUACAGCUUGACACUGUAUGGCAUUGGUUUACAAAAUCAAGGAUUAAAACACCUGUGUGAAGCGCUGAUCAUUAGUGACUGCCAUUUAACCAGCUUAAACGUCAGCUUAAACGUCAGUUGCACGCGCUAGCCAGCGUAACUUAACAAUUGGUUAGGAGACGAAGGAAUCGUGCACUUGUGUAACGCGCUAACCAGCGUUAACUGUACAUUAACCAGCUUAAACGUCAGUAACAAUUGGUUAAGAGACGAAGGAAUCAUGCACUUGUGUAACGCGCUAACAAGCGUUAACUGUACAUUAACCAGCUUAAACGUCAGUAACAAUUGGUUAGGAGACGAAGGAAUCAUGCACUUGUGUAACGCGCUAACAAGCGUUAACUGCAGGUUAACAAGCUUAAACGCCAGUCACAUUCGAUUAGGAGAUGGAGGAAUCAAAGAAUUGUCUGAGGUUUUAACCAACGGAUUCUGUACAUUAACAAGUUUAGACAUAAGCAACAAUGAAUUUGGAGAUGAAGGAAUCAAGCACCUGUGUAAGGCCUUGACUGAUACCAACUGCAAACUACGGAGCUUAGACUACCACGGAAAUCGGAAUGUAACUAAUAAAGGCAGAAAAUAUUUGUCUCAAAUGUUAACUGGUACUGAUUGGGAAGUUAGAGGAGGUCUUAGACUUUACCGUUCAACUAAAAAGUAG